AUGACUCUCCAGGCACGUUUAUUCCAACUUAUGGCACUGUCAUUACUUUCGCAAAAUAGAUGUACAUUUGGCGGUUGUCAGCUAUAUUUCUCCAGUACGGACGAUUUAAUUGCCCACAUAGAAUUUACUCAUAUCCCACCAUUAGAAGACGAAUAUCGCCAGAAAGCUGGACAACCUCAAGGUGGUACCGAGGAGAAUCGUGCGUCAGCUACUCCGAAUAUGCCCCUUAGCUGCGUUUACAGGCUAUUUCGACCAGCGUACAACCCCGUGCCAUGUGAACCGGACAUUGUUCGGAUAACUUUCAAUCAUUAUCGGAAGCGACCCACUGAAUGUAUUGCUUCAAGCAGCUCGUCGAACGUGCAGAGCAUUGCAGCAUCUUUGAAAAAAGAAGAGCCAAUCAGUGGUGAUAGCGUCGUGGAAGAUUUGAGUGAAUGUGGCGUCAAUGAUCUGGAAGAAAGAUUCCGUUGCCACGUUGCUGAAUGUGGGAAGCGUUUUAGAUCAGGCUCUGGACUGAGGCUCCAUUCUCGUACUGCGCAUGGAGUUAUUCUGAAGGAUAGUGCACUCAGCAGUCAUUCAAGCGUAUCUGGAAGUCGCCCUUCUUCGCACAAUGGACACCCUCCUCCUACUGCUAGCCCUACCAAAUAUGCUGCGUCCAGACCAUAUAAAUGCCAACAGUGUUCAAAACGUUAUAAAACUACGGCAGGAUUAUCGAACCAUGUAGAACAGUCACAUAAGAAGCAAUCGGGUGGCUGCGGUACACCAUCAUCUACGGACUCGGCACCAGCGUCUCCCUCACCUGCUGUUUUAGACCAAUUGAUUUCUCAAGCCAGAGCUCACGGACAGGCUACUGCUGCUCAGGAGCAACAGCGCGCGCAACAACGUCCUCUUCCUGUACAAGUCGCUAGUGCAACCAGUCAUCAGUAUGGACAGGUGAGAUCUUUUGGUUUCUUGUCACUACCGUAA